AUGUCCUCCGGCGUGGUGCGCUCUACCGCCCUCAGGGCCGGCGGCGCCUGUGUGCGCUGCCGCAAGGGCAAGACCAAGUGCGUCUACGAGAACGGGCGCGCGCCGUGCAAGAACUGCGCCAAGGGAAUGCACGAGUGCUAUCUCCCCUCGGAGAGCAUGGCCCAUCAUCACGGCCAGAGCCCAGCCCGUCACGCGAGCGCGCACCGCCCAGCGCGCGACUCUCUGCCGGCCGCCGGCGCCGGGUCCUCUGACUCCAGGCAGGCCGUGGUGGGCGCGGGCUCGGCGCGUCACGUCCAGGCCGUCUCCGAAAAGUUGACUCCAGAGCUCAUUGCCGAGUGUGAACGCGUCGUCUCCAAGACCUUCCCGGCUUGCGUGGCUUUCCACAAGCCCUCGUUCCUCCAGCAGCUGAAGAAUGCGUCUCUUGAGCCUGCGCUCGUCUACGGCCUCUUGACCUGUGCCGGCCGGAGCUCGCCUAGUCUCAUCCGCCGCUAUGGCUCUCCCACCCAGGCGGCUGAGACCUUUGCCGCCAAGGCCAUCGCCCUCAUCAACCAGAACAUGGAUCACCCUAAUCUGGCAGACAUCCAGUCUCUGUGUCUCCUCAUCAUCCACGAAUGGGGUACCCGCAACGCCGUCCGCGCCUACAUCUAUCUUGGCCAGGCCGCUCGCAUGUUGCAGAUGUACCGGAUCCUCAACAGCCACCACACCUCGGACUCUGCCGACCAGUUCCUCCGCGACGAGUCCUUCCGUCGCACCCUGUGGCUGAUCUACAUCCUCGACUCCCUCUUGACGAGCACUCCCGGUCGCUUUCCGGCCCUGUCGGUCCAGGACACGGCUGACGUGUCCCUGCCCUGCUCCGACAUCAACUUUGCCUUUGGCAAUGCCGUCUACGUCAAGACGCUCGGCCAGCAGCUCGGCCACCACGCCAUCUCCCCCGGCCACGCUGUCCCUGGCGAGGUGGGCGAGUUUGGCCAGAUUGUCCUUGCCGCCACGAUCUGGCGCGACGUUGUGGCCAUGCUCACCGUCACUUCCCUCGCCAACUUCCGCGAGGAGGACUGCAGCAGCCUCAUUGCCAAGAUUGAGGGUCUCCGGUCUUCGCUGCCGAUGCAGUUCAUCGACAAGCCUGGCCAGAUUAACCUGCACAUGACAAUGGGUUCGGGAUACACCUACGCCAUGCUGCACUGCCUGCUCCACUGUGCCACCGUUUUCGUGCAUCGUCGCCGGCUGCUCCAGGAAGUUACGGCGCCCAACUUUAGCCUCGAGUCAUUCCGGGCGAGCCCGCGGUGCCACGACAUUGUCGACCGUCUCUUCACCUCUUGCCACGGCACCAUUUCCCUGCUCAACGCCGUUGAAGCAGGCGCCGAGAAGGAUCAUGCUACGUGCUUCCCCAUCUUCAUGCUCUUCUCGUCCUUCACGGCCAGCGCCACGGUUGCCUACCUGUCUCUGAAGGGCCUCACGCCGCCCAACGCCGCCGAGACCGCAGCGCAUAUUGUCAAGGAUGGCCUGCGCUUCAUGCACGAUGGCACUGAAAAUUGGCCUCUUAUGACGAGCUGGCUGCGCCACCUGACCGUCAUGCAGCGAGUCCUCAACAACGACGCCGCCACUGGCACGGGCAUUUCGGGUGGCCACGGAGGAUCUCGCCACGGCUCUCACUCGCACGGUGGCAUCAAGGACGAGCUCUCGUCCAAUGCUGACACCAACCCCGACGCUAUGGACUAUGACCAGCAGACUGGUUCCGGCGGCGCCGCAGGCCAAGGUGGCGCGCCUCAGCGUUCGGUCUCGGAGUCGGUCCGGGACGACAGCGAGCCCCCCGUGGCGAUUCCCCGCCGACCCGGUGUCACCACUAUCAAUGGCGGCUCGGGCGGUGUUUCCACGCCGGCCACGACCGGCACCUCGCCCCCGCCCGGCGCCGCUCCCACGGCUCCCAUGCAUGCUCAGGAGCCGAAGCAGCAGAGCCCCGAGCUGGGUUCCAACGGCGUUGUGGCUGCGCCCGAAGGCCCCAGCACCAGUCAGGAUAUGACCGCGCCGGAGCUGUGCCAGGCCUUUGAGCGCCAGCUCCUUGAUCUCGACGACCUGGCUGCGUUCAUGGGUGGCGGUGUCUAG